AUGUCAGCAAACAAAAGCUCUACCACAAGCGCGGUGGCUUUACCCUGUGAUCAGUGCACCCUGUCAUUCGACAACGGUACCGUCCUGGCGGCUCAUCGACGCUCCAAACACGCCAUACCUUGUACAUUCGGGAGUUGCAGAAGAACUUUCCCAGGCCAGGAAGCACUCAAACAGCAUUUGGAUUCAGCGAUUCACGUCAACAAGCAAAGCAAAACAACACAGCAGCUCAGCAAAGCCAGUAAGGAACUGUCGCCUCAAGUUGAACCAAGCAAGAUGCAACUGAACAUUCCCAAUGCCCCAGGCACAAUUCCAGCGACAAAUGUCGAAUUUUUAACCCCAGUGGUAGUGGGGAAGACAUCCAGGACUUUGGAUUCUCUUGCUGCGCACUUUGAAUCUUCACUGCACAUAAGCACACCUCAAAAUCCAGCAGUCCAAGAAUCGCAGAGGUCACUACGAAUUUCAACAUCAGUUAUUUCUGGUGGAGAGCGUGCUAUAGGCGGAACCACACCAGGAAAGCGAGUGGCUAUAAAGUCAAAAGUGCAAUCAUCCGACCCCCAGCCAGCCCACAAGAAGACAGUCGUUCCGCAAGAACUCCAUAACGAAGUGUUUAUCGCGCUCAUGGCAUUCUGCCAUUCACGAUACACACUUAUUGCUAAGAGAUACAUACUCUACACUCACCAUACAAACAUCGUCAAAGACGCAAGUAUUCUUAUGCACUAUGCGUUACCAACCCCCCCAAGGUUCCCCUAUCUCCCAGAGCGCGCUGCCAUCGUGAUUGACUGCGACAUGGUGGGUAAACACUACAGUGAGUCAGAGAUCUUGCACAUCUCAGCCAUCGACUACCUCACUGGCGAAGUCAUCAUCGACGCGUUAGUCCAGCCCGUCCAACCAAUGGCCGGUUGGCACACGAACCAAGACUGGCUAUCGAAGCAAGCCAAAGCUGCGACCACCAUCACAGGAGGGAUAUUAAAAGGCUGGCCAGAGGCGAGGGCUGAGAUCUGGAGAAACAUCGGUCCCAACACCGUUCUAGUUGGCCACAACCUACACCGCGAUCUUACUGCGCUUCGAAUGGAACACUGGCGCGUUGUAGAUUCGGCGAUAUUGGUAUCGGAAGCUGUUGGAUAUAGCGUUAAGAGACGCUGGAGUUUGAAAGCCCUGUGUAAUCAACUCCUCGAUAUGAAGGUCCAGAAGAAUAAGGACGGCGGAUAUUCUUGCAUUGAAAAUGCGUUCGCAGUGCGAGAGAUCGUCUUGUGGUGGAGUCGACAUCCAAUUGAAGUAUUAGAGUGGGCUACUCACCAGCAGAAAGAAUGGCAUAAAGGGGUAAGACAGGCAUACAAUGAGAGGAGAACCAUUGAGAGAAGAAUCGAUGAGAGAAAAACGAAUGUGACCGAUUCGGAUGUUUGGGUAUGGCCCACUGGCUACGAGGGGUUAUAA